ACAAAAUGGCGACCUCCACAGGAAACAAGUCGUAAUGAAUGAAAAACGAUGAUUUGGUGAUAGUGAACACGAAAAGUGUAACUUCCUAACUUUUAUUUAGCAUUUUUCGAGGUUGUCAUAAAAGAUUUUGAAAAGAUGGAAGAUGUUAAUUCGUACGAGCAGCAGGAUUCCUACAUGAGCACCAUGCCGGCGGAUUACAGCAACGCCCAGUCAAACUCUUACGACCCGGAUUUCAUCUCAGACAUCGGCCACAGGAUGCAGAUCCCCGACAGAAUUUCGAUGGACGGCAACACCGACCUCCGUGGAGGUCAAAACCGCUUUCCUUCGCACAUGUUCGUCCCCGACAGAAUACUUGUAGCUGGUGAUGAGAAGCACAUAGGUUUGAAGAGUGGUUUACAGACACUGGACUUCAGCAACGUUGGUCCGUCUUCUGAUUCGAUGUCGUAUGUCGGACUCAUCACCCCGCCGCGCACUCUCACCCUGGAAGAGCGGUUUCCAAUCGUAGAGGAGACUGAAAUGCAGAGUUUGAAUAAGAUACCCCCAAAACUUGAAUCAAACGGCCUAGCCCCGAUGCCGUACACCCCAGGUAUUUCGCCCAACGACAUGGUUUUGUUGAACGAGGAAGACGAGACAACUCUACUGAGAACACAGGUUGCGAAGAUUGCGCGCCGCCUCACCGUCAUGGAGCAGGACAACCAGCGCCGUGCCAACCGAGAGCUUUUCCUCUACCCCGCCGUCUUCGGCUACUUCAUGAUGAAGGUUCUGUGGUGGUUCUUCAAAAGCAGAUGAACCAAGAAAGUGUGCUGAAUUGUUAAGAGACCUUUUGAAUUCCUAAUCAAUAUGUUCAGUAUUUUUUCAAAACCUUUUGUAGGGAAUUCAAAGGCACUAGUUCUACAGAAUUAAGUAGGUGAAUAAAAUAUUAGUGUUAAGUUGUUAAAACAUAUUUUGAAUUUAAUUAUUAUAUCAAGGGUUGACAGUCAUAAAUGGUUAUGUCCACAGUUACAGUUUUUAGAAACACAUAUUUUUUUUUUUUUACAUUUAAAAUGUUUAAAAAAAUCCAAAACGAAACCUGUAAUUUUAUUUAUUAAUUCAAAUUAUUUUGCUAUUCAUUCCUGUUAAUGUACAUGUGUAUGUUCCCAACCCCCAAACAAACAAACAAGCAAACCAAUAAACAUAUCCACCAGGCCCCGUAUUAAUUUUUCUACCUACGGCAGAUUUAUAUGCUUUCUGGAAAACACAUAGUACGAGGCUCGUGAGGGACUUGCACAGACAUCGUAAGAUACUCGUACAAUGAUUUUGGAAAUCGUACGGGUGCCGUACGAUUUGAGGGGGAUGAAAUUCAGUCUCAAAAUUGUACAGCAUCCUUACGAAUGUUACCGGGGCCGUACUGGGCCUGUGCGAUGCUGUAUACAACAUGUCUACGGCCAGUAAAAAUGUCUACGACAUAUCAGGAACUUUUAACAGGAUACAUGUAGCUAUGGCACGCUUGCGGCCGCCGUGAGAUUUUGCAAAUUUUUCCUGAAAUUUGGGCCCGUACGGGCGCCUCAUCCCGAAUUAGUGAAUAUGUGACUGUAGCAUUUACAAAGAGUGGACAUAAGGAUUUUUGGUUGUAAGCCCUUGAUUUUCUUCAAUAUCUUUAAAUGCACUGAACCUAGUUACAGUGUAUACGACAGUGUCAAAAGUCUUGUUUCGACUAUUGAUUUUGACAAAUCCAAUGUGUUCUGGGUAGUAUAAGUGUUUGGAGUAGAUCCAGAUGGAUUUUAUACAGAAUGAAAAAAAAGAUUCAAACCUCUGGAAUUAAUGAAGACAAUUUUUUUUUUUUGUAAAAAAUAUAUAUAUACAAUGAACCCUGUCAAGACCGGCCAAGUUUCAUGGUCAAGAAUUUUCUAAAUUCUAAAACAUGACCCUCUACACAGCAGAUCCUGUCUAAAGUGGACAAUAUUAGGUUACAAGCAUGAUCCGGUUUAAACAGGUUUCACUGUAUAAAAAUAUAUAUAUAUAUAUAUAAUGAUAUAUGUUGGGCAAAGGUGUAGACUGAUAUUAAAUAUAGAAAUAAAAUCAAACAAAAUGUAAAUGUCCAUUGAUAUUCAAAAUGUUUAAAUAAACAGGUUUGUAUUUAUGUAGUACUUUAUAGUAUUAAAUAUACAAAAUUAAAUAAAAAUCAAAAUAGAAUAAAAUGUUUUAUUUUGUUGAGAAUUUAAGACCAAUCUUUCUUUUCUUUUGUUUUUUGUUUUUCUUUUUUUAAAUUAAUGUUUAAAAAAAAUCUAAUUCUAAAAAACAAAAAAACAAAGCCAUUGUUAAUCUUCAGCUUGCCUAUUUAAUUCAAAAUGAUUUUGAUUACCUGGUAUACAGUUUAAAAAUCAAUGGAUGGUUUUGGUCUUUUGGCUACUGAUACAAAUUUUCAGUUAUGUUUUAUUAAAAUAAGAAUUCUUAAAACUAAUCAGAUUCAAAACAUUUAAUUGAAGAGACACAAUUAAAUAUAAUGCUUGAAAAUCUUGAGUUGAGUAUUUAUAUUUUAAAAUGGAUUCAAACCUUGAAGUUAUACAUUAUCGGAAAUAUGUGUUGUUGAUUUCAUAUUUAAAAACUUGUGAUAUUCAAAAUAGAUUGUUGACGGGAGACUGCUUUAUUGACAUUCAGUAUGUAAAUAUAUGUCACGAUGUACACUGUUGGAGUGCAUGUUUUGUUUUCUUUUCAAAAUGUAACAGAUACUAUUUUGUAAAUAUGUAUUCAGUCUUUUGGUGCAAAUUAAAGCUUAAAUAUUUUGAGUAUUUAAAUAAUUGCAUGUAUUUUUCUAUUAGAAUAAGCUGUUAGUAACUGCUUAAUGGCUUUAAAAAUGUCAUCAUUGUUAAUUAUGCAUGCUAGACCUCUGAUAAUUGUAUAAGCAAUUGCUUGGCUUGCCUCUGUCUAGUUCUACGUAACCUAUUGUUCUGCUCAUGCAUUAAAAUUAGAACAUGAUGCAUAGUCAAUGGGUUAUGCAAAGUUAAAUGGGCUACCCAAUUUAUUUAUUUUUCUGUUUCUGCAAAUGUUCAAUUAUCAGAGGCCUGUAUAUCAUACAGUUAAACUGAGCACACACCUCAUUAAUACUGACUCCACUAUUAAGUCAGCAGGUGUGUGUUCAGCUUUAGACAUCAUUGUAUUUAUUCUUUCAUUACUAGUUAAGCAUACAUGUUCCUGUGUUUUCUUACUACAGUAGAAUAUUUGUGUCUUUGAAACAUAGAUGUUUUGACAUUUUA